UGCGGUCAUAGGUACACGGCUGGGGGUCCUGGGCCUGGAGAGCGAGGGAGUCUUGCGGGAGGCUCGGCAGUUUAUGUAGAGGCCUGCGGGAUCCCUUUUACUGGCUUAGCCCGGUAUUGGAGGCCGCUGCUCAUUGGGAAAUUGUGAAACAUGGCAAAUGAAAAUGAAGAUUUGAAUGACGGCCUACCUGUGGUAAAUGAAGAAGAAGAAGAAGAAGGAAAUGCUCUUGAUUAUCACCAGAAUAGGAUGCCACUCCCAAUUUUUUAUGAUUUGGUACCAGAAGAACGUAGUGGCCAUGUAGCUGUAGCAUAUGGAAGUUAUAUGUAUAUCUUAGGUGGUUACAAGAAUGCUGCAGUUCAAGGCUACAAUGAUUUCUAUUUGCCAAGAGAAGAACUUUGGAUCUACAAUAUGGAAACUGGAAGAUGGAAGAAGAAGUACACAGAAGGUGAUGUUCCUAAGUCCAUGUCAGGAAGUUGUGCUGCUUGUGUGGAUGGAGUACUAUAUCUGUUUGGAGGACAUCAUGUAAGAGGGAACACUAAUGAGUUCUACAUUCUGAACUUAGGAGCCAAAGACAAAGUACUGCACUGGGAGAAAAUAAAAGAUUUUAAGGGGGUGCCACCAUCACCCAAAGACAAGCUUGGAUGUUGGGUAUAUAAGAACAAAUUAAUUUUCUUUGGUGGCUAUGGUUACCAACCUAGAGAACAGUAUCAUGGAUCAUUUGAAUUUGACGAAUCAUCAUUUUGGAAUGCAAGUCAUCCAAGAGGCUGGAACAAUCAUGUCCACUUCAUUGACCUUGAAACUUUUACAUGGUAUCAACCUAUUACAAAGGGAAAACCACCUUCACCUAGAGCAGCUCAUGCUUGUGCUACAAUUGGGAACCGAGGCUAUGUGUUUGGAGGAAGGUAUCAGGAUGCCAGAACCAACGACCUCUAUUACCUUGAUUUGGAUACUUGGGAAUGGAAUGAAGUGGUACAAUCUCCUGAUCAGAUUCCUGUUGGCCGUUCUUGGCAUUCACUUACUACAAUCUCAAAUGACCAUCUGUUCCUUUUUGGAGGUUUCACGACAGACAAACAACCGUUAAGUGAUGCUUGGAUAUACAGUGUGAGCACGAAUGAAUGGUUAAAAGUAGAGCACCAAUAUUCAGACAAACCAAGGCUUUGGCACUCUGCUUGUACAAGCGACGAAGCAGAAGUGAUUGUUUUUGGUGGAUGUGCUAACAACUUACUGGCUCAUCAACAAGCUGCCCAUAGUAAUGACAUCCUUAUCUUCUCUGUCCAGCCAAAGUCACUUGUCAGACUUUGUCUAGAGGCAGUGAUCCACUAUAAAGAAAUGUUGGCCAAUAUAUGGGACUGUCUUCCAAAACAUCUGCUUCUUAGUAUUAAUCAACGAGCUGGGAGUAGUAACACAUCUGGAUCAUGAAUUCUGAACACAAUUACUGUUUUAGCAAUCAAAGUGUGAUUUAGUUAUUCUUUGUUCUACCAGUCAAAAAUACUGGUUUGUGACAAGGUUUGGGCAAGGCGCAGAGAAGCAUGACAUUUGUUUUUUUUAUUGGUACCUGCAUUUUUUGCAGGCUUUUGAUUUGCUUGUACUGUAUGUAUAGAAAUCUUAUUGUUUUUAAUAAAUGUGAAGCAAAGAAAACUAGUUUACUUUAAACAUCUAAGUGUGUCAUCAACUUCAAAAUAAUGCUCAGUUUGAUAUGUUGAACCUUAUCUACCUGAAACAACUUGUUUUUCAUUCAGCUAUUAAAAAAUAAACAGGUGCAUUUUCAAUAAAGGGCAAAGAAUUUCAUGAAAUCCA